AGACGUCACGUAACAUCUCGCGAGAUUGAAAUACGCGCUGUUGCCACGUAACUUCGCCAUUUUACAGUGUGUUGAUUUUACUUAGGAAUUAAUACCUCUUAAAACUAUUUUCAAAUAAAAGUGUUAGCGCAAUAAAGUGCAACUGCCUAGCGCGAAAUCUAUUUCAAAUCUCGUUGUAAAGUCAUGUCCGAUUGCGACACCAUUGAGACGCUGAGCGGGAAGCCACGACUUCUCCCGGCUAAACACGACAUCCUCUACUCGAAGGCCCGCUUUGUGCUCAACCAACGAUAUAUCAAGCGGCCCUGGUUCAACCUGAAUCCGUUUCUCGAGAAAACGGAUGAGACCAUCGACCUCGAAAACUUCAUACCCGAGGAGAGCAAGUACAUUCAGCGACUCGAGUCCCUCGUGCUCUGCGAGACCUUCACAUCUGAGCUACCCGUCGACACGCGCGAGAUUGCAAUCGGCGAGUUUUUCACCUACUUGUACUCGGGCGCCUGGAACCAUGGAUGCUCCAUCCGGGUACUAGAGGGUCAGCUGCUGGAUGAAUUGCUAUUGGGAUUGUACCGCCUGGAGCGACAGGGCGCCGCUGUGCGGCACACCACGCACGCCAUCGCCAGGAACAACCGUCUGCGCACCGGCAUUUACAAGCACUCAGUUAAGAAGGAGCAUGGAAGUAUCGCGGAAACUCUGUUGCUAGAGUUCGCCUACUUCGGACAGCUCUCUAAGGACCGACCCAAUCCUAAAACCAUUGACCCGUUCGAAUACCUGCACAAGUCUGUCGUGGUCGAAAGAGAGCCGGUGGAUGAGGAGCCUGCAGCGGAAAUGCCAUCCUCUACCGCGGUCCAACCGAAACUUACUGCCAUCCCAAAAAUGCGGAAUAGAGCGUUGAGUCUGGCUAGCCCGGAAAGGAUUCGAACUGUCAACCUGAGCGCCCCCGUGGAGGAGACUACAAAGUCAUUCUGGGGCACGAAAGGCUCACUCAUGUCCAAACCCUUGCAGGCGAUCACAGUCGUCAAUUCAUUUAAAAGCAGUCGACAAUCUGCACCAGAGAAAGACCCGACAAUCGCCCAUGGUAAACGGCAGUCGAUCGCUCUUGCGCCAAGCGCGUUUCCGCAACUGAGCUUUGAGAAAUGCAACCAUGACAAACGUCAGUCGAUCUCCGCUCCGCAAAGCGCGUUCCAGCAAUUAAGUUUUGCGAAAUACAACCAUGAAAAAAGGCAUUCUGUUGCGACGGCAUCCAUCGGGUUCGACAAACGCAUGUCAUUUCAAUCACCCAUAAGCGGCUUGGGGUCAAUCAUUGACAACCGGAAGGACCCUUCUGUAGAUCGAGUGAAGAAAAAAGCUUCAUCGCCUGAUUUCGACGAAGAUGACGAAGAUUGUUAUGUUGAAAAAGAUGUCGAUGAUCUACUUACGCCAACUGAACAAGCCGACCGCGACAACUUUUUUGGUGAAGAAUUGUAUCUGUCGGACAAAAGAUUACAUGGCGACAAACAAACAAAGAACAUGGACACUAAACAAAUCUUGCGAUUGAAGAAAAAAAGAACUCAAGGCGCGUCGAUUGAAGCGAAAGAGGCAAUAAAACGGGAAAGCACGAGAUGCAAACCCGUCACGUUACCGCCCAUGCCUCCCCGUGACCCAAUUCAUACCCCAAGCCUCAGCAAUUUGAAGCACGAGACCAUCAAACUUCCUGAGAAGAUGCCCACACUGGAAGAGUUCAUAGAGCUCCUGAAAGAUGACGAGUACUAUGACCCCAGGUACAGAAACAAAAUGCGGCUCAAAGGACGAAAAAUCGCGCAAAGAUACUACAUUGCCAAAGGCAUGCAUCGCACCUCCGUACUGUUCAGUCUCGCUAAUAUGCCUGAUGAAAUAAAGAACAUCGGCCUGAGGAAAUAUAGUAGAACAGGACCGGACAUAUUUACGAGAACAUAUCACCACAGCAAAACAAAUAUAGCUCGGCUUCCCAAACUCGAAGAAAGUGAAAGCGGACAUUGCCUAGCAUCGCAAUCGAUGACCGUAACUUCCGAACAUCCUGUACCAAGAGUGUCUCGGAGCCGUGGGGCUCUGGAAGUACUCGGUGUGACGGACUCGGUGCCAUGCAAGGACUUCUACAGAGAGUUUAGGGAAACACCAGAGACGCAUGAGAUCAAAGGAAGUUCCGAGAAGAUGAAAGGGUGUGGAUCGAAACUGCGCACUGGGCCUUCCAGUGCUACGUCACUAAUUUCAUCCAGCCCCCAUCGGGUGAAAAAUCAACCAGAAGACAAACUAAAUAGCCCCGUGAAGUUCCCUAAAAUCGCCAUCACGACCGACGAAUGCGAAGAUGAAGCGGAUGGCCCAUCGGAAGAAGAAGAGGAAGAGAUCGAAGAGGAGUACGCAUUCAACACUCGCAAGCUCAAACUUAGUUAUAGUGUGGAAAGACUUCGCAAAAGGCGCAAAAGCAAGAAGCCAAAAAAGCAGGCGUUCAUCGAGAUUCUCGCCAAGUACUACAAGCUGCACAACGCGCUGAGACUCUUCCGGAAGGGGUCGGCAACCGGCGAAGUGAAGCGGGCGAAAAUCAGGGCCAAAAAGAUAGGGCAGACUGAGGAAGAGAAGAAAAAUGAAGCGGAAAUGGUAAUUGGACGACUAAGGCAGUUCGACUUCAAUAUUGACACCGACGCUUCAAGACCACACCGGAAGUUGAAUCUUGACAACGUGUCACGUGCUGACUUCAGCCGCCCAGAUCUGCAGGACUUCCACGUGCAGCUGAAACGCGCGCUGGGCGAUUUCGUCGUUCGUCGAGAAAUAGUAGUGUCCGAUCUUCAGACGUUCUACAAGGCAACGACCUCUGUCACGUUUUCCAAACCAUCGUGCUUUAAGGAAAAUAAUACUAACUAAAUAUGGUGGAAACUUGCGUGAAAUAGUGUUAAUGUGCCAUUUAAAUAAAACAUAAGAAUGUGAA